AUGGCUUCAGUACAAGCUGCGCCUGCCGUCCAGCUCCCUGGCGCCGGCAUGGCGACCACCACUCCUCAACAGGCUCAAGAGAUUUUCAAUAAAUUCAAGCAGAUGAGGGAGAGCGGCGUCCCCAACACCGAUCCCGAAUACAUCAAGGCCGAGCAGUUCGUCUUGUCCUUCCAACAACAAGCGCGUAUGCGACAGAAGCAACAACAAUUUCUCCAGCAUCAGCAGCAACAACAACAACAGAUGCAACAGCAGCGACAGAUGCAGCAGGCUGGUGGCCUCAACGGCGCUGUCAAUGGCUCGCAGCCCGCCCAGCAGCACCCCCAGUCGACACAACCUCCUACAUCAAGCGCGCUCAGCGCCUCGGCGCUUCCUGCAGCCAACUCAAAUGCUGCUGCCGCCGCUGGAUCCCCCUCGACAGCUGCUCCUUCCAGCGGCCCAGGUGCUGGCCAGUUCAACCCGCAACAAUUGAGUUUGCUUAGACAACAGAUCCACGCCUUCAAGCUGUUGACCAAGAAUGCUGGAGUUCCCCUACAGAUGCAGCAAGCCAUCUUUGCUCAGCGAGAGCGCAGGAAAGCCAUCGCCGCCGAGGCUGCCGCGCUGGCAGCUUCAUCAACACCCGCAACGACUAGUCGAGACUCUGCACAGCCCGGCAUCAAUGGGUCCGAAGCCAAGUCUGAAUCUACUCCCGAGGUCCAAGGGCCCACCUUCAAGACCGUCAGGUCCCCUUACGGCGAUAACAACCUGAUUCGCAAGUCGAUUAGCCAUUUCGACCAUACUCAACGGAAAAAUCGCAAGCUUAUCCCGGGAUUGUUCCCCACUGGUGUCGACUUCGACCAGCUACGGUACGAGAGGGAGCUGAUUGUGUUCAACCGCAUGAGAGAUCGGUUUGCCGAGCUCAGAAACACCCCAGCAAAUAUUGCUCACUGGGAUACCACCAAGGACGACGUUGAAUUGGAUGAUAGUGCAAAGGUCAAGGCGAUCAUUGAGAUGAAGAGCCUCGGCUUGUACGCGAAGCAGAAGGCGCUGCGGGAUAAGAUUGGCCGCUCGAUGAUGUUCUAUGACAACCUUGCAAUGACGACCAACCGCUCCGGAUACCGCCGCACAAAGAAGAUGACGGUUCGCGAGGCCAGAAUCACAGAGAAGCUUGAGAAGCAGCAGCGUGAUAUCCGGGAGAACCGCGAGAAGAAGAGGCACACUGACUUCUUGGCCGCCAUUACUCAACACAGAAACGAGAUUCAACAAACCGCAUCAAGCCAGCGCAAUAAGUCCACCAAACUCAAUAAGCUCAUGUUUGCCCAGCACUACAACAUUGAAAAGGAAGAGCAAAAGAGGAUUGAGCGUACUGCCAAGCAGCGUCUGCAGGCUCUUAAGGCCAACGAUGAAGAGGCUUAUCUCAAGUUGCUUGACGAAGCCAAGGACACCCGUAUUACCCACCUUCUCAGACAGACCGAUGGGUUCUUGCGGCAACUCGCUGCUUCCGUCAAGUCUCAGCAAAGGAAGGCCCUGCUGGAGCAGACUGGCGAAGAGGAGGAGCUUCCAGAGGAGGAAGAAGAAGAGAGCGAACCCGAUGAGGAUGACGACGACACAAGUGGACGAAAGAUCGACUACUACGCCGUCGCCCAUCGCAUCAAGGAAGAGGUCACAGAACAGGCCGAUAUCCUGGUGGGUGGUAAGCUCAAGGAAUACCAGGUCAAGGGUCUGCAGUGGAUGAUUUCCCUGUACAACAACAACCUGAACGGUAUUCUUGCCGACGAGAUGGGUCUCGGCAAGACUAUUCAAACCAUCAGUUUGAUCACGUAUCUCAUCGAGCGCAAGAAGCAGGAUGGCCCCUACCUGGUCAUUGUACCCCUCAGUACUUUGACCAACUGGACACUCGAGUUCGAGAAAUGGGCGCCUUCUGUGAGCAAGAUUGUCUACAAGGGUCCUCCUCUGGCCAGAAAAGUGCACCAGGACAAGAUCCGCCAAGGACGUUUCCAGGUGUUGCUCACGACUUACGAGUACAUUAUUAAGGAUCGCCCAAUUCUCAGCAAGAUCAAGUGGUUCCACAUGAUCAUUGACGAAGGUCACCGUAUGAAGAACCAGAACUCCAAGUUGACAACUACUAUCCAGCAAUACUACAACACCCGAUUCCGUCUCAUCUUGACUGGUACACCGCUCCAGAACAACCUUACGGAACUGUGGGCUAUGCUCAACUUCACGCUACCGACCAUUUUCAAGUCUGCGACAACCUUUGACGAGUGGUUCAACACACCUUUUGCCAACACUGGUGGACAAGACAAGAUGGAACUCACGGAAGAAGAACAGAUUCUCGUCAUUCGUCGUCUGCACAAGGUGCUGCGUCCUUUCUUGCUCCGUCGUCUGAAGAAGGAUGUCGAAAAGGAUCUUCCGGACAAGACCGAGAAGGUCAUCAAGUGCAAGUUCUCUGCUUUGCAAUCUAAGCUUUACAAGCAGAUGGUCACGCACAACAGGAUCCUCGUCAGCGACGGACAGGGUGGCAAGGCUGGUGCUCGCGGCUUGAGCAACAUGAUCAUGCAGCUUCGCAAGCUUUGCAACCAUCCAUUUGUGUUUGAUGAGGUCGAGAAUCUCAUGAAUCCUAUGAGCAUCAGCAACGACUUGCUAUGGAGAACCGCCGGCAAAUUUGAGCUUCUCGACAGAAUCCUGCCCAAGUACAAGGCAACGGGCCAUCGCGUUCUCAUGUUCUUCCAAAUGACGGCCAUCAUGGACAUCAUGGAGGACUACCUCAGAUACCGCAACCUCAAGUAUCUUCGUCUGGAUGGUACAACCAAGUCAGAUGAGCGUUCUGAUUUGCUGCGCGAGUUCAAUGCUCCCGGCUCAGACUACUUCAUGUUCUUGUUGUCGACUCGUGCUGGUGGUCUUGGUCUGAACCUGCAGACUGCUGACACUGUCAUCAUCUACGACUCCGAUUGGAAUCCUCAUCAAGAUUUGCAGGCUCAGGAUCGUGCUCAUCGUAUCGGACAGAAGAAUGAGGUUCGAAUUCUUCGCCUCAUCAGUUCGAACUCGGUCGAAGAGAAGAUCUUGGAAAGAGCCAGGUUCAAGCUUGACAUGGACGGCAAGGUCAUUCAAGCCGGUCGCUUCGACAACAAGUCGACAGAAACGGAUCGUGAUGCUAUGCUGCGUACCCUUCUAGAAAGCGCCGACAUGGCGGAGACUGGAGACCAGGACGAGAUGGACGACGAGGAGCUGAACUUGCUCCUCGCUCGUAGCGACGAUGAAGUGGCUGUUUUCCAGAAACUCGACGAGGAGCGGAAGCUAGACCCAACCUAUGGCGAGGCAGCUGGAGCAAAGAUUAAGCCUCGUCUACUCGCGGAGGAUGAACUUCCUGAGAUCUACCUGGGUGAUGGCAACCCGAUUGAAGAGGAGAUUGAGACAAGUCUUGGACGUGGAGCUCGUGAGCGAACUAAGGUUCGCUACGAUGACGGUCUCACGGAAGAGCAGUGGCUCAUGGCUGUCGACGAUGACGACGACUCACCAGAGGCGGCAGCAGCACGGAAGCAAGCCCGCAAAGACAAGCGGGAGACCAACAGGCUCAAGAGGUCCGCUAUGGCCAAUGCUGCUGACGACUCUCCCCCUGCAAGUCGUGCCAGCACGGAGGAGGUGGAAACACCCAAGAAGAGAGGCCGAAAAGGAGCCGCGAAGAACCAAGAGAAGCGGAAGGCAGAAGAAGGGGACGAUGAGCCUCCGGCUAAGAAGCGUCGUGGCCCACAAGGUAGAGCCAAGGCGGUGUCGGUCUCUGUUGGUUCCGAGACGCCGCGAGUAUCGGCUCAGCAACGCCAACUCCUGCAGGUAAACACGAGGGCUCUCUUCGACGGACUCAUGAACCUUGAGGUAGAUGAUCCGGAGCCACCAGAGGAGGAUGAUGACGAGUCGGUUGCGGGCAAGCGAAUCAUCAUUGGGCCCUUCCUUGCUCUGCCACCCAAGCGCGACUACGCCGACUACUACUUGAUCAUUCAAACUCCUAUUUCGAUGAAGCAGAUUGAGACCAAGAUCAAGAAGCAGCAGUACCACAGCCUCGGCGAUAUGCGCAAGGAUGUCGACCUCAUGUUCCGCAACUGCCAGACCUACAACGAGGAGGCAUCGCUUCUCUACCAGGACUCUCUUACUCUCCAGAAAUUCUUCCACGAAGAACUCCAAAAGGCUCUCGACAAGCAUGCAGAGUUGCAAGAGCUGGAAAGCGACGGUGGCAAGGAGGGCUCAGUGGCGCCUAGCGCGAGUGCGAGCGUCGGAACCCCUCAACCAGCAACCUCCACCACGAGGAUCAAGUUGAUUUCUUCGGCCUCCAACGGCGCCAAAGAGACAAACGGAGCAAGCAACGGUGCGCAAAGCGACCAGGAGUAG